AUGCCCAUAGAUAAGAUAUAUGAGAGCAAUAUUUCGAAAUGUUUGCAAGAGCAAAUUCUUGUUCAGAAAAAUGGCAAUGGAUCUGUCAAACGAAGGAAAUUGAGGAAUCGAAUAAACCUUUCUCUGGAACCCCAGGAAGAGAUUGAGCUAGUUUGCAAAACGGUAGAGUUUUCAGGUAUUUGUUCAACAUCAUUUUCUUGUGAUCUUGAUAUUGAUGACAGCUAUACUAAAGUCAAGUUUGAAAAAGGUGGCCGAUUAAUUAUAAAAUGGGGUGUCAAUAAGAAGGACCCUUUAGUGGAAAUAGGCGAUCCCUUUUGUGCUGCUGCUCAAGAGUCUAUCCGCGAUGAAAUAUACUUGUUGAAUCAAACAAAGGAAAAAUACGGACUAAUUGGAGGUGUCAAGCUUCACUUGAAGAUUGAAAAGGGUCUUAUCACAUUGGUCUUGAGCUAUCGUGUUUGUUACAUUGUGCACUUUCAAAAUACUGUAACAAAGGAGAUUCUGAGAAUUAUAAGAAAUAUUGUUAAAGGCGGAGUUUCCCCAACAAAACCUACAGAUGCUGCUACUGUUGAGCUUUUCUACCACAGCAUAUGCGAAAGGACUGAAAGCAUGCCAAAUUUUGAAGGGGACUUUGAUAUUCCCGAGCUAGAGACGCGUUUGCUAAAUUUUCAAAAAAAAAGCGUGAAUUGGAUGCUCUCAAAAGAAAGUGCAAUCUACAGCUGCGAAACCAAUAGGUGUAUACAGGAACCCUUCUUGAAGAAGGAGUAUUUGGAUGAUCCCAGUACAGUGGUAAAAAUGAUGAACAAAAUUUGGUACGGAUGGAAAGAAGUCGAGUUUCGAGGAAGAACACUAUAUUUCAAUGAGUUAACCUGUCAUCUCUCCACACUUGUACAACUACGGUUGUUCUUAUCAGAUUACCUUCUGAAAGAGGAUAAAGACACGUAUCCCAUCAUACUACCUUCCAGGGGACUUUUGAACGAAGAGAUGGGGUUGGGAAAAACUGUUGAAUGCACAUCAUUAAUUCUACUAAAUCCAAGGCCGGUGCAUGAAAUUGACCAAAGGCUAAGGCUUCAACUAAGCUCCAUAGGAGAUUUUAAAACAAUAAUAAAAGGAAGAACAACUCUUAUUAUUGCUCCAAGCUCAAUACUCAAGCAAUGGCAAAACGAGAUUGUGAACUUGGCUCCAUCGUUAACUAUCACAGAAUACAAAGGUGUUGGACAUUACCCAAUGUUUGAAAAUAAACCGGCAAUAAUUGCAGAAUAUUUGAGAAAGUUUGACGUAGUUUUCACAACCUACCAGGUAAUUUCUAGAGAGUUGGACUAUGCAAAAUACUCGAAAAAUUUGAGAAAAACACGUGCAGCUAAAAGAGAGACACUUUAUGACUAUGAUAACGAUGAAGAGGAAAAUGAAAAAGAAUCAGCAUCUAAAAAUUCCAGUUCAGGUACAGUUGAAACUUUAUCGGAUGAGACAUAUUCUCAAAAGUAUCGUGACUACUUUCAAAUAAGUGAACUAAGAAAUUACAAACGUCAACCCAAUGCCAAGUCAGAAGAGGGACAAGUUGAAACUGAUUACGAAAAAGCUUUACAAGAUGAAAUUGCAUUGGCUUUGAAACACAACAAACUUCCGAAUUGGUACAGAAAGAAUGAUUACGAGUGUCCUUUAAUGUUGAUACAGUUUUGGAGAAUUAUUUUGGAUGAAGUGCAAAUGGUUUCUCUGAGUGUGUCUAAAGCUUUCAAAAGUGCAGAAAUGAUACCCAGGUUUCAUGCAUGGGGUGUAUCUGGAACACCAAUCAAAAAGGAUUUGCAAGAUUUGUUUUCAUACUUGAGGUUUCUUCAUUUCUAUCCAUUCGACGUUGAUAUUGGGGAAAUUUCGUGGGAGUUUUUGAUUAGCAAUCGCCAAGAAUUUGUCGAUUUCUGGUCAGAACUCUCUAUACGGCAUACGAAAGCUAUGGUCCACAACGAUAUCAGGCUACCUGAACAAAAUAGAAUUCUUUUAACUACUUCAUUUACACCUAUUGAGCAAGAUUUUUAUGAUGGAAAAUUUUCAGAGUGCUUGGAAGCUAUUGGAUUAGAUAAGGACGGAAACCCUGUUAGAAAUGAUUGGGAAAUGUCACCGACCCUAAUACAAAUUAUGAAGAGUUGGCUAGUCAAGUUGAGGCAAAUUUGCUGUUCUCCCCAAGUGGGUAACUUGAAUUUAAAAUCACGAAAGUUAAGACGCGCAAAUUUUUCGAAGGGACACGGGUAUUUUGUUGAAACAUUGAAGCCACUUGAUAGUUUGCUCGAGAGUAUGAUGAGCGAACUGUACGGGAAAGUCAUUGAUAAAGAGAGGACAAAGCUUGAGGUGCUUUCCCAACUAUCGGAGUUUUUAGAGUUUGUUUACUACCCCGCGGCUGCAGCUGCAUACUUGAAAAUGGGGAUUAUUGAGGCAAGAAGAAUUACCCAUCGUCUUGAAGUUAUAUUGAAAAAAUACAUAAAGGAUUAUCGUGAAAAAGCUGAUAGUGAGCUAGCAGAAGAUGACGAUGAAAUUGGGAAAAUCAACACAAGUGAACUGAAGCCUAAUGAAGGUGAAAAUUAUGCGGAAUCUCGGAUUACUGGAGCCAGAGUUCGGUUAAGAAAUUGGUUAUUGAUCUUGCAUAGAUUCUACUUUUUAUUUGCUUCUGCAAAUUUCCAGCUUCACGAUAAGGAAUUUCAAGAGCUCAUUGCUAAAUACAAAGUUGCAGUUGACUAUAAAGCACUCUUGUCUGAUAGUUUUGACAAGUACAAAGGCGAAGAGAGAGCUGAUGAGCUUGCAUCGAUUAUGACCUUGGUACCGGCUUCCGAGUUUGCUUUGAAACAUGAAAACGUUGACCUUGGCUCAUAUGAGAAAAAUGAAACAAAGUAUUAUGAGUUGGCUGAAGAAAUUCGAGCCAAGAUAUUGAAACUGAGCGUUAAACAAUUGCAGAAAGUGUUGGAAUCGAGGAUAAUUACUCGUGGUUUAUAUCGAUCUUGGAACAGUUCAUUCAUUGACGAUGGGGAAAGUUUGUUACCCAAAACGUCAAAGAAAUUUUUCAAUUUAGUUCCCUUGAUGAAUAUCGAGUCGCUAAAAAACCUUAUUAUUAACUCUACCGUGAGUCAGUUUGUCAGCAAGUUAGAAAGACUCCUUCGGCUGUUGAAUGUGAAUGCAGAAAACAUCAAUGCAAGUUUUAAGAUCUUGUUUGAUACGCUUUGUGAACCUGUUAGUGAUAGAGGUACCAACCCAGAAGAUAACGAUUACGAAAAAGGUUUAAAAAGUCAAGAGGCUAUUGAGCAUGCAUUAAGUGUUGUUGACAAAUAUCUAGUAGAGAGGAAAAACUUGAUUCAUGGUUCCUCCGAGAAAAUCCUCAGUGUCAAAAGUGCAACAGCAACAGCAACAGCAACAGCAACAGCAACAGCAACGGCAACACCCAAUGAUCAAGUCAAUUCAGACUUUACAAGCUUGAUAACCGAGUUGGGAUCCAUAGAGAAUGAAUUAAAAGAAUCUUAUUCGUCUAGAUCUAAAGCAGAACUCGAGAUUUUCCAGGCAAUUGCUCAAAAGGUACGGACACUUUUUGAGAAUCAAAAGUUGGCUCAUGCAUUAGUGCACAAAGAGGUCAAUGUAAAUUGUAAUGCAGUGUUUAAUGCAAGAAUCGAGUAUUAUAAGCAACUUCAGCAAAUUUCGGAUUCAGUUGCGGCUCCAAAAUAUGACUACUUGGAUAGAGAACGGCUAAAGACCUCUGUUUUAGAAAGCCGUUUGCUCACAUACAAGUCCAAAUUUUUACAGACAAAUCGCUCAAUGGAUGCAGCCGUUGCUAGGUUGAGAUAUCUCUCCGAACUAGUUAAAGAGUCACAAAUGCAAACUGGUGAAGAAAGCACUAUGCUUUGUAUUAUUUGUCAAUCUGAGAUCACGGUUGGUUCCCUCACAAAGUGUGGUCACAAGUACUGUACAGAAUGUCUACAGCAUUGGUUGAGGAGCGCGCGAGUCUGCCCCAUGUGCAAAACAAACAUUGAUGGGGAUUCAGUGCACAAUUUCACAAGAAAUGCCCUGGUUUUGAAAGCAACGGAAGUGCAUGACGUUCAACAUACUUUGAGUGCUGGUUUGAAUAGCAUAUACAAGUCGCUCGACCAAAAUGUUGUGCAAGAAAUCCACGAAAUCGAAUUGAAUUCAUCGUUUAGCUCAAAAGUGGAUAUGAUAACAAAGCAAGUAUUGUACUUGAAGAGAAAAGAUCCUAGUGUGCAAAUUCUCAUCUAUAGUCAAUGGCAAGAUAUGCUAUACAUCAUUGGUAGCGCCCUUAAGUCUGUGGAAGUAUCCUACAUUGGGUUUGAUGGUUCCUUGAACGAAGAUACUGGUCGAGGACGCAAGAAGGCACGGGUUGAGUCCGUUGAGUAUUUCAAGGACCCCAAAAACAAGGUUACUUGUUUUUUGUUGAAUGCCAAUGCGCAAGCAAGUGGAUUAACCUUGGUUAAUGCGACCCAUGUCUUUUUAUGUGAACCAUUAAUCAAUACUUCGUUGGAAUUACAAGCCAUUUCCAGAAUUCAUAGAAUCGGUCAAACGCGUCCAACUACAAUAUGGAUGUUUUCAAUAGAAAACACAGUAGAGGAUAGUGUGAUAAUCACAGCAACGAACAAAAGACUAAAAUUGAUUGACAAAAACAACAAAAAGAAGAAGAAAUACGCCACCAUAAAUGAGUUGGAUAUAAAUGUCGCAGACUCAUUAACUAUGAUGAGCAACGAAGGGGCUGAAAAUUGGGUUGGUAAGAAAAGUCUUUUCCAAGGAGAAAACGUAACCAUUAGUGAUCUAUGGGAUGCCUUCUUCAGUUCUAAGUUACAGCAUUCGUAUAAGUAA